AUGAAGACAAACGAGCGGCGAGCGCGAGUGGAGUUACUGCGGGCGUGGGAGCGUGUGGAAGCCCGAAGGGUAGCUGCCUGCUCGCCCGUGAGAUCCGGGCCUCGGAGGAAAACCGAACCGACGCUUACGUGUUGGGUAAACGACCUCUGCUGGCAUGUGCGCUGUCUCUCGUGCAGUGUUUGCAGAACGUCUCUAGGAAGGCAUACCAGCUGUUACAUCAAAGAUAAAGAUAUCUUCUGCAAACUUGAUUAUUUCAGGCGGUAUGGCACCCGCUGUUCCCGCUGCGGGAGGCACAUUCAUUCUACUGACUGGGUCCGAAGGGCUAAAGGAAACGUGUACCACUUGGCGUGCUUCGCCUGCUUCUCCUGCAAAAGACAGCUUUCUACGGGCGAGGAGUUUGCUUUGGUUGAAGAGAAAGUCCUUUGCAGAGUACAUUAUGACUGCAUGUUGGACAAUCUGAAAAGAGAAGUUGAAAAUGGUAAUGGGAUUAGCGUGGAAGGAGCAUUGCUAACAGAACAAGAUGUUAAUCAUCCAAAACCAGCAAAAAGAGCUCGGACCAGCUUCACAGCAGAUCAACUCCAGGUUAUGCAAGCACAGUUUGCUCAGGACAACAAUCCAGAUGCACAAACGCUUCAGAAACUGGCAGAAAGAACAGGCUUGAGCAGGCGUGUUAUACAGGUGUGGUUUCAAAAUUGCAGAGCACGCCAUAAGAAACAUGUUAGUCCUAAUCAUUCAUCUACUGCUCCUGUCACAGCAGUUCAGCCCUCCAGGCUGUCUCCACCCAUGUUAGAAGAAAUGGCAUACUCUGCAUACGUACCCCAGGAUGGGACUAUGUUAACAGCUCUACACAGCUAUAUGGACGCUCAUUCACCUACAGCUCUUGGACUCCAGCCUUUGCUACCCCAUUCAAUGACACAGCUGCCAAUAAGUCACACCUAA